UUAACGUAGCGCGCCGUGAGCCACGGAGUGUUUGGUUUCCGUGGCAGCGAAAGGUGCAACAGUCCUCCGCUGGCCUCCAGUUAUGCCACAUAGUCACCGCACACAGAGCCGCCGCCGUUCAAAUUAAUGUUUUAAACAGGCCCUGUGGCCAUGGCCAAAGACCCGUUGGCAGAAGCCGGCUUUCAUUUCGAUGAACUCAACAAGCUCCGGAUUCUGGAGCCUGAGGUCAGCCAGAAGACCACAGAGCUCAAAGAAGAGUGUAAAGAGUUUGUGGACAAAAUUGGUCACUUUCAGAAGAUAGUUGGAGGUCUUAUUGAGCUGGUGGAUGAGUUGGCAAAAGAAGCAGAGACUGAAAAAAUGAAGGCCAUUGGAGCAAGAAACCUGUUGAAGUCAGUGGCAAAGCAAAGGGAGGCGCAGCAGCAGCAGCUUCAGGCUCUCAUUGCAGAGAAGAAAAUGCAGCUUGAGAGAUACCGCAUCGAAUACGAAGCCCUCUCUAAAGUGGAGGCUGAGCAGAACGAGUUCAUCGACCAGUUCAUUCUGCAGAAAUAAGGACACGAUGUGACCAUGGCCAGAAGAAAAUGUGUGUGUCCGCCUGCGACCAAGUUUCCCGAGUGCCUGUUCUGUUUCCUCUGGGUGAUCUGACACCCACCACGGGAGUUACUCAGCUGCAACCGAACUCCUGUCCUGAAGCAAUCCAAAAGCUCCAGUUUCAGCCUGACACUUCUCCACACCUCGUCUUUCAAUUACAUACCUCCUCCUAUUUUUAAUAUGCUCAUAUGGGAAGCAACAGCAUAUUGCCUAGCAGUGUUCACACCAGACCAUCACUGUCUAGGACCUGAGGUGUCGUCAGGUUGAACAGAAUUGGAACUUGAGGUUCUUUUAACACCAAAAGUCUCACAUCCAUAUCUCAGAAAAACACAGGGGAUGGAGCUAUUUAUAUAUAUAUAUAAAUGAAUUUAUUUAUACUAUUUAUACUGCAGAAUUCCUCUGUAUAUCUAGUUUUAUUACUUUUUGUAUCAAUUGAACUAAAUACAGCAUGUGCAUGCGGUUGUAAAUAAUUUCCUGAUUUUCAAAAAUGAAAAAAAAAAAGGUUGACAUCUUAAUUUUUAGAACAUUUUUUCCAUCUUUUGUGUUGCCAUUUUGCCACUGUUGUCAGUCAUACUACACUAAAACAUCUACCUGGCAUUUCUUGCUGGUUGUUCAUUCCAUUCUUCUAGCAAAACAUAACACAAAAAAUAUUUUAUUCCACUCUUCAUAUUCUCUACAUCUUGUUUAUUUAUCCUUAAUGUAACCAGGAAGGUCCCACUGAGGUACAAGAUCUCUUCUUCCAAGGAGUCUUUGUAUGCCAUUUCCUUACCUACAUCAUUACCUGUAAUGUCUUAAUUUAGCAGACAAAUGGUUAUACUUGAAUAUAAUAUGUUGCACAAAUAAAUUGCUGUGUUAUGAGAUAAA